UUUCUACCGAUCCAGAGGCGCGCAGGAUGAGUGAAAUGCCCAGAGAAUUGUUGGUCAAACGUAUCGAUCUCCCCCGGUGGUUUCACUGAGCUCUGGAUUGACCGGUGCCACGGGGAUUCGACGCUCCAAUGGAUCCAGAAAGCUCCGCGGACGCGGCGGAGGAGGACGCGGAGCCGCACGAGCGCUUCGCGCUCGUCAGAGCUGGAGUUUUGGGGGUGAUCUUCCUGCUGGCGACGUGCGGCAAUUUCUUCUUCCUUGGCACACUUUGGAAGAAAAGAAAGAGGAACACGAGGACCCAGCUGUUCCUCCUGCACCUGUGCCUGGCCGACCUGGUGGUCGCGUUUUUCCAAGUGCUCCCGCAGUUCUCCAUGGAAAUUACGCACAGGUUUCGAGGGACGGACUUUCUGUGCCGCUCCGUAAAAUACUUGCAGGUGGUCGGGAUGUUCGCCUCGGCUUACAUGAUGGUUGCCAUGACCAUAGAUCGGUACCACGCCGUGUGCAUGCCCAUGGUUUCCUUCCUCAAAGGCUCCUUCAGGAGGUAUCUCUCCAUCGGCGCAGCGUGGCUGAUCUCGCUCGCCUUCAGCUCUCCGCAGCUUUUCAUCUUCUCCCUCCAGGAGGUGGAGGGGAACCAGCACGACUGCUGGGCCACGUUCAUUGAGCCGUGGGGGAGCCGCGUCUACAUCAGCUGGAUCACUCUGUCGGUGUUCGCGCUGCCCGCAGUCAUCCUGCUGUACUGCCAGAUGAGGAUAUGCACCACAAUUUACUUCAACAUGAAGAGGAAGGCCAUCCAGCCGAGGCGCACGGGCACGAGGGGGGUCUCCAACGCAAUGCUCAAGACUGUCAAAAUGACCUUUGUGAUCAUCAUGACAUACACGGUGUGCUGGAGCCCCUUCUUUGUGGUGCAGCUGUGGUCCGCAUGGAGCCCCUCCAGUGCUCCGACUAAAGGACUUGUGUUUUCCAUCAUCAUGCUGCUGGCCAGUCUGAACAGUUGCACCAACCCUUGGAUUUAUCUCUAUUACACCUAGAAAUCCGGAUCUCCACGAUCCCAACCCCCUCUGGCUCCUGUAUUUCCAUAUUUAGCGGUGGUUUAUGAAUGUUUUGUAUGAAGACGAAGGUCGUGAGCUGAGUCUGCUCAUUUAUUUAUGGUGAAUGCUUUUAGUUCAUCGAGAAAUGAGAGACAAUGAUGCUCUUGAAGUGACGGAACUGAGCUUGAACAAGGCCCUUAACCUUGACAUUGUAUAAGGAAGAACUUCAAGCAUAAAACUUCAAACAUGCAGUUCUUAUGAUCUAAUAGAGCGACCCCAGAAAGAACUCACUUUCUAUCAAUAAAUAAGUUUACUACCAAAUAUGCAGGAUAGCUGGAUGACGCAUAAACAAAAGCAAAGUGGGAAUAAUCCGAACAGACUGAGGCACAUGUCACAUCUCGCCAGCGUAAGUUAUUGUAAAAAUGAUCGGGGGCAAGCGUUUGAGAUGAGCUGCAUUCUCACUCCGGUCACACAAAUCCUACCUAGACCUCAUUCUCACCUUCAUCGCUCUGCUUUACAGCUCUCUUUUAUAGUAAUGCUGUGAUUCUGCUUGCUUUAAGUAUUCUUGAUGUUGAAAAUAAUAAAUGAUUUACUGCAAAAAGAAAGAAAAAAGCAUGCUGUAUUUAAAAAAAAAACAUCCUUCACAUAUAAAUUCUGUAGUUUUGAUUAAUUUCUAUAUUUACCCUCAUUUUUUCCUAAAUAACUGAAAUGACGUUCAAAGGCCGGCACAUCAAAAGCAGGAAAGCACAGCAUGAGUCUGGUGACAGUGCUGAUCUGCUGAGCCACACUGCAGCCUGAUUGGUUUAAUUCCAUUCUCCCAGCUAAUUUCGAGAACCCGCUCUCCCAGUCCAGAUCCGCCGCCGCUCUCAGCCGUCAUCUCCAAACCUCCUCAUCUGAUUCGACAUCCUCAAGCAGCAUGGAAAUUGCAUGUCUCAAGUCCGCUCACAUCCCCAAUUAAUCGCGGGAACAUUAAUUCAAGAUCCAAUUUGACAUUUCACUCACAGGUUCCCGAACGCAGGUGGUAUACAAGUGCAUCAAAUUAAUAUCGCCGCAUCCCUGACACCGGGAGAAUUCCCAUCAUGUAAACCUCAUGAAUAUAACAUGAACCUCUGGGCAUUAAAUCCAUAAUCAUAUGCCUGAUUAAGCCCAGUAGGCUCCGAUUCCUGUUUUAGCCAAUGACACGCCGGUUUGGAUGUCUACAUGCGGUGUUGCUCUCGGUUCUAUUUUCAGCACAGGUGUGGGUCGCUGGCGAAGUGUUGUCGUACAGUGACAGCCCUCUGGACACUGUUUCACAGAUGAUCUGGCUGAGCCAGACGCCCUCUGGCAAAUUUUCGUCUGGAAAUCAGUUUGAAAUGAGAUUAGGUACCUCAUGCGGUCAAAAUUCCCCCGACUCGGAGCCCAAGGGGUGCCAAAGUAGGCGAUAAAUCCUGCCGCCCCUCUUCAUGUUCCCUGCAAUUGUAAUAUUUAAAUCAAUCACCGCAAGCACAGACUGAAAACACAAUCCACUCGUCUUGCUUUCAGAAAUACAAAAGCAAUCAUGUAUCUUCAGAUGAAACCAUUGCACAAUCGGCAAGUGUCUCGAGUGUCGUUCAUAUUUGGAAUGAGGGUCACAGCAGCCGUCCGUCUUCCGUCAGGAGACAUUUAUUGCAGAUUUACGAAGUCACAGAAUCACAUGAAAUGUUUUGUCUGCCCCCUCCGUGUUGCAGCAUGCUCUUUAUGUCUCAGGGGCGGCUUCUCCUCUCACAUUCCUCGACUUAUCGCUUCAUCCGCCGGCCUGAUCCCCACACGGCUGACCGCACAGGUCAAGCCUGCUUCCUGGUCUCCCAGGAUCUGCGCUGCUUUACGGGACGUUUGGUUAUCUGAUUGUGCGUUCUCCCUGUAAGUGGAUGCCUGGAAUGUAAACCGUCCUUCAAACGUAGCGAACAAUUAGACGUAAAUCGGUGCCACCGUUCAAAAGGAAAGACAUCCACCAGCUGUAAACAAGGUUUUUAAAUAACUCAGACAUGAUUCACUGAUAACCUUUAAAAUGUCCCAAUUUUCAGUCUUUAAAAAAAAAUUAAUAAAUAAAUGACCUUGUUAGUGGCAGUGAGUCACACAAGAACCAUAUUUGCACUUAAAAUAAAGUCUGAAAAAGCAAAGACUCAACAUCCAACAGGAAACCAAGCAACUGUAACAAAGGCACCAGGGAGGAAAGUGCAGGCCAUUAAAUUGCACAAAGGGACAAAAAAAACAAAAAAAACAAAACGUAAGAACCGGAAAAGAGCCUGAAGGCUUAAACUUACAAUAUGUGCAUUCGUACACAAGUUUAGACAACGAGGCCAUGUAUGUAUAAAUCACAUUCAAAGUGCUGUAAUUGUAAAACAAUAAUAAAUGAAUGUCUUGGUAACUUCUCUUCUUAACCACACUGUUGAUUUGUAGGAAGGUUGCAGAACUUCCAGCUGCUCUUUAAUGGAUUUCAGGCUGUCUGAGACACUUCUGAAAAUCAUAAAUCCCAGACUGAUUUUUUUCAAGGCCAGGACUCUGCAGGGGUCCUGCCAUCGGCUGAAGAAGUGAUUUUGCUCUUUCUGCCAGUGAACACAGCUCCGACUUUCUGUAUCUUGGAGGUCACGCUGGAGUCCGAAUUUAAAACAAGACAAUCACUCCGGCCACACUGAGCCCCCAUGUGGACAAAGGCGGACAGUCAAAAGUGGACUCUGUUGAAUUAUAUUAAAAAUGAAUC